GCACGUGGGCGACACGAAACAGCAGCAGCCACAACAACAACAACAACCACCACCACGAGACAUCCACAACCUCCACCACGAGACCUCCACAACAACCACCACGAGACCUCCACAACCUCCACAACAACCACCACGAGACCUUCACAACAACCACCACGAGACCUCCACAACAACCACCACGAGACCACAACCUCCACACAACCACGAGACCACCACGUGAGACAACAACAAUAAGCACCACAAAGCAACAACAACAAUAAGCGCGAGACGGCGACGCAACAACAACAACAACAGCAGCAGCAGCGACUUCGGGCACCAGGAGGAGAGAGGCGCGGAGUGGUGGUAGUGAGAAGGUGGCCUGCGGCCUCGCGCGCACCAGGGCCGGAGGAGCCGCGGACGCCGGUUCGGGAUCUCCUCCGCUCCCUCUCCGCCGAGGGAUGUCGGCUCCCCUCGGGGCUCGGGAAGCCAGGCCGCCCGGCGGCGCGGGUCCUACGGGCGGCGGAGCCGGGGCCCCCGGUGGCGCGCAAGCGAGGCCCGGCGCGGCGGCGGCGGCGGUGGCGGCGACGCGGGCCCCCGAGGAGGGUCCGGCUCGCGGCGCGGAGAACGCGACGUGCGGGGGCGGAGGCAGUCAGCCGCCGGGCAGCAGCAGCUCGGGCACGGAGGGCAGCAGCAGCUCGGGGGGCACCCAGAGCACGCAGGACACGCUGCCCAGCCAGGACCUGCCCUCUCUGGGCGAGGGGGAGGGCGACGCCGCCGGGCCCAAGCCCUGGGGCCGCCUCUACUCGACGCACCGCGCGUUCCCCACGCUGGACCUGGUGUGCGAGGAAUACCUGUUUGGACGGGCCCCCUCGUGCUCUGUCUGCUUUAACGACCCGCACAUCCGCGCCUGCCUCGGAGACCUCUACUCUGCCUACAGCUCCAAGCACUUCCGCAUAUACAGGGGCCAAGAGGUUUUCCUGGAGGACUACAGUUCCAACGGCACGUACAUCAACGGCGAGAAGGUCGGAAAGAACAAGCGGCACGUACUCACGAACAACGCGGAGAUCUCCAUCGCCUUGGCCACGCACAGAGCGUUCGUCUUCAGCAACCUGGAAAGAUACGAAGAGUCCCAUUGGCCGGAGGAAAUAAAGAAGAAAUACAUCAUCACGCAUACCCUCGGGAGCGGCGUGUUCGGAGAAGUGAAGCUGGCUUUCCACAAGGGCAGCGAAAAGAAGGUGGCCAUCAAAGUCGUUCCAAAGAGAGGCCUGCCCAUCCCACAAUCUUCCUGCAGGGAUGUGAAGACAGAAGCGGACAUUCUCAAGAAACUCAAGCACCCGUGCAUCAUCACGCUCGAAGAUGCGAUCGAUUCUGCAGACGCGCUCUACCUGGUGCUGGAGCUAAUGGAGGGAGGUGAACUUUACAACAGGGUGAAGAAGGGUGCUCUUCCUGAACACAAUGCAAAGUUGAUCUUCUAUCAGCUGGUCUUGGCUGUGCAAUACCUCCACGGCCAGGGGGUGACGCACCGCGACCUCAAGCCAGAGAACGUGCUGCUGUCUUCCAACAGCGCGGAGUGCCUCGUCAAGGUGUCGGACUUUGGGCUGUCGCGCUUCGUGGGGGAGCAGUACCUCAUGCGCUCGCUGUGCGGCACCCCCGCGUACCAGGCCCCGGAGGUGUUGGCCUCCUGCGGCCUGGGCGGCUACACCCGCGCCGUGGACUACUGGAGCCUGGGUGUCCUCCUCUUCAUAUGCCUGAGUGGUUACCCCCCGUUCAGCGAGGAGUUUGGGGAGAUGAGUGUACACGACCAGAUCUGCACUGGGACGUUUGACUUCCCUGAGGAUCUAUGGAAAAAUGUCUCGGAAGAAGCCGAAGACCUCGUGAGGAAGUUGAUGGUGGUUGAAGUGAAGCGGCGGUACACGACCGAGCAGGCGCUGGGCCACGGCUGGUUACAGGAUCAAGAAAUGAUCCACAAAGCGCAGUCGCUGAUGGCAGCCGGGAGUGGAGCGAUGCCGCCACCCCUGGUGGCCAACUUCUUGCCGGGCGCAGGCCGAAAGAGACCGGCAGAAGAGGGAGCAGGCGGCGGUGGCAAGCUGUGCCUCGAGAUGCCGCCCAUGAAGAGAUGAGCCGUGGGCGGUGACGCCCCAGUGCUCCGAUGUCGUGCCACCUGGGGGAGAUCGGGACGUGUGCCGCUGUUUAACCACCCCCAGAGGAAAGCCACGGCCGGCGAAACGUGGCGGCUGGGUUCACACAGAAAUCACCCUGGGGAUGUUCCCUUGAAGAGAUGACGGUGCUCGGACGCUGUAUUCCAGUGUAAACGUGCGGGGCGAUGGAUGAUGCGUGGAGGCGUCAAAGCUUUUGAAUGUCAAUUUACUGUACUUGAAUUUUAAACGAUUGUCGGUGUGAUUUCUUGUCACAGCUUGAUGCAGAAAGUGAGCCGGCCUAAUAACGCUUGCACACAUGUACACUAACCCACAAUAACAACCAACAGUGCCAAACAUGCAUAUUAAACACGUGCACGCUGCUUGCAGAUGUUAUGAUUUUUGAUAUAAUUCCGCACAGAGGAACUUUACCACUUGACGACUGUGGCAGCGACACCACUUUGCAAUCGGAGACCAGGCAUGAGGGGGGGGUGGGGGACGCUGUCGUAGAGGGGAUGGAGUUGGAGGCCGUCUGUGAAACGUUUUUUUUGUUGGGCCGGGCGAGGUACAAGAGAAGCGAAUCAUGUCCAGAUUCAUUUUUCUUUGUGAAGAUAAGGCUCACCGUAAUUGUUAAUUUUCCAAUAUUUUAUUACUUUCACCUCAUUUUCAUAGCCUUUUAUUAUUAUUCGUAGACCAAGCCUCUGCCUCGGUGCCCUGCUGCUGCUGCUGCUGCUUCUUCUUCGCACGUGCGUGCAGUGCUUUCAUUUGUAUCGGGCUGAUUUGAUGCCCGGGAGCGUGGGUGAUGUUGGCAUUAGGCUGUGCUGGUGCGUGUAACGGGUGGAAAGUCUCCGGUUUGAGGCUUCCUGGACUAGGAGGCCUUGGCAAGAGCGGAGGGCAGGACCUCCCCGGAUGUAUUUACAUCAAAACGUAGGCUGUGAUCGAUUACAAUCGGCCCAUUUACCAGGGUAGCCACCUUGUCCUGCUUUGACCCACAAAUCACAGCGAAUUGCUGUGAAUUGUGUUCGAUCGCCAAGGAUGGAUUGGCGCCGAGGUGUGCUGGCAUCGUGCUGAGCGUUGUGAUUGCAGGAUGCCCCACGGCGUUGAUAGACCCAAGGACGAGGAUAAGGUUGGCGUUUUUUUUGUCUGUCUGACGAGCGUAGCGACCAAACUUGUGCGUCGCGAAACGAGAAACAGAUGCAGUUUUAUAUUUUUUAUUUUACACAUGAGUUGUGCAGCAUUUGAAGAAUGUAAGGAUGUUUCGGAAAGCAAGAAAGUUAAGUUUUAACUACCACUUGAUACGGAAUCGAAUAUUGCGCUCUUAACCCGAGGCGCUUGCCUACGGCGUCCCCUUCGUUAAGCGAUGGCAUGAUAAACUUAAAAAAACCGUUGUACUGUACUAUUGAUAGAAUUUUAAGAGUUCAAUGUACGUGUUGGUAAUAAACACUUUUUUAACAG